AUGCAAACCGAAAGGAUCCAGGGUGCCAUUGACCGGUACCAUAAUGAAAUCUAUCGUGUGUGCAUUGUUCUAGAGUCUGCGCUCAAGUAUCGCGACUGGCUUGUCGGCGAUAUGUGCACCUACGCUGAUCUUUACUUUAUCACCUGGCAGCGUUUGGUCCCUACAGAUAUUGGCAGGGAUAUCUCUGCAAAGUCCCCUCUUGUGGAUGCGUGGAUGAAGCGGAUGGAAGCUCGGCCCUGUCAAGAGGGUCUAUGCAGACCAGGAUCGUGCCAUUGCUGA